UUAUUUUAAUACAUAUAUCUGAAGAAUUAGAAAUAAAGGCUUCCUUGGAGGUGUGCCUUUUAAAAUUAUUUUCUUUAUUAUUAAACAUAAAGUAAGAAAUUUUAUAGUACCUGCAGUGAAAUUACACUACAGUAUAAGCAGAACCAAAACAAAGUUGCAAAAUCUAUUGAGUAGUUUAGGGCAAUCUCUCUGGAAACUUAAAUUUUCUGUGAGAGUAAGUUACCAUAAGUAUUGGUAUACAUUGCUUUUCUCUCUUCAGAUAAGCAACUAAAUAACAAUGCAAAUCUCAGACUUCCUUAUUUAAACCAGUAGUUUUUUUUAGCAAUGGAAAACCUACAAACAAAUUUUCCCUUGGUUCAGGGCUCAAAUAAAAAACUGAAUGGAAUGGGAGAUGAUGGCAGCCCUCCAGUGAAAAAAAUGAUGACGGACAUUCAUGCAAAUGGAAAAAUGAUGAUAAACAAGAUGCCAACAGUAAAGAAGGAACACUUGGAUGACUAUGAAGCGCCAAUGGAAACUGAUGAAGAGCAUGUCAAGCGAACCUGUGCCUCUGUGCCUGAACCUUUACAUUUAAAUCCCAGUUUGAAACACACUUUGGCACAGUUCCAUUUAAGUAGUCAGAGUUCUCUGGGUGGACCAGCCGCAUUUUCUGCUCGGUAUUCCCAAGAAAGCAUGUCACCUACUGUAUUUCUGCCUCUUCCAUCUCCUCAGGUUCUUCCUGGUCCACUGCUCAUCCCUUCUGAUAGCUCCACAGAACUCACCCAGACUGUGUUGGAAGGGGAGUCUAUUUCCUGUUUUCAGGUUGGAGGAGAAAAGAGACUCUGUUUGCCCCAAGUCUUAAAUUCUGUUCUCCGAGAAUUUUCACUCCAGCAAAUAAAUACAGUGUGUGAUGAAUUGUACAUCUAUUGUUCAAGGUGUACAUCAGACCAGCUUCAUAUCUUAAAGGUCCUGGGAAUACUUCCAUUCAAUGCCCCAUCCUGUGGGCUGAUCACAUUAACUGAUGCACAAAGACUAUGUAAUGCUUUAUUGCGGCCACGCACUUUCCCUCAAAACGGUAGUAUACUUCCUGCUAAAAACUCAUUGGCCCAGUUAAAGGAAACUGGCAGUGCCUUUGAAGUGGAACAUGAAUGCUUGGGCAAAUGUCAGGGUUUAUUUGCACCCCAGUUUUAUGUUCAGCCUGAUUCUCCAUGUAUUCAGUGUCUGGAGUGCUGUGGAAUGUUUGCACCCCAGACAUUUGUGAUGCAUUCUCACAGAUCACCCGACAAAAGGACUUGCCACUGGGGCUUUGAAUCAGCCAAAUGGCAUUGCUAUCUUCAUGUGAACCAAAAAUACUUAGGGACACCUGAAGAAAAGAAACUGAAGAUAAUUUUAGAAGAAAUGAAGGAGAAGUUUAGCAUGAGAAAUGGGAAGAGAACUCAGUCCAAGGCAAAUACACCACCAGGAAUGGAAUUACACUCUUGGUAUCCUGUUAUAAAGCAGGAAGGUGACCAUGUUUCUCAGACACAUUCAUUUUUACACCCCAGCUACUACUUAUACAUGUGUGAUAAAGUGGUCGCCCCAAAUGUGUCGCUUACUUCUGCUGCAUCCCAGCCUAAAGAGGUCGCAAAGACAGAGGCAAGCAGAUCCAUACCAAGACAGUCAGAGAAGCCACACAGUAGUGGGAAACAUCAAAAAACAGUGUCGUAUCCAGAUGUCUCACUGGAGGAACAGGAGAAAAUGGAUUUAAAAACAAAUAGAGAAUCAUAUAGUCACUUAGAUCCAUCAGUUUCGAGUAAUUCUACAAGUAAAAAGAAACCUGAGUCUACUACCUGCAACUCAACCAGGGACACAAGCAAGGUGGGAGCUGACCAUGAUGCUGUAGCUUCAUCUCCAGUUCUUGUCAAAGAUGUCAUUUGUGAGGAUGAUAAGGGAAAAAUCAUGGAGGAAGUAAUGAAAACUUACGUAAAACAACAGGAAAAACUGAACUCAAUUUUACAGAAGAAGCAACAACUUCAGAUGGAAGUUGAAAUGUUGAGUAGUUCAAAAGCUAUGAAGGAGCUCACUGAAGAACAGCAGAAUUUACAGAAAGAGCUCGAAUCUUUGCAGAAUGAACAUGCUCAUAAAAUGGAAGAAUUUUAUGUUGAACAGAAGGACUUAGAGAAAAAAUUGGAGCAGGUAAUGAAGCAGAAAUGUACCUGUGACUCAAAUUUAGAAAAAGAUAAAGAGGCUGAAUAUGCAGCGCAGCUGGCAGAACUGAGACAGAGAUUGGACCAUGCAGAGGCUGAUAGGCAAGAACUCCAGGAUGAACUCAGACAGGAACGGGAGGCAAGACAGAAAUUAGAGAUGAUGAUAAAAGAACUAAAGCUGCAAAUUUUGAAAUCAUCAAAGACUGUUAAAGAAUAAAAAUCUUUAAAGAGAUUCAUCUGUGUAUUCCCAACAGGGUUUAUUUUUGUUUGUUUGCUUGGUCAUUGAAUUCUGAACAAUUUAUCUGCAUGAAAUAACUAGGCAUUCUAUCCAUUUGUAGGUCAGAGAAAGUGAAGAGAUUAUAUAUUGGUACAUCAAUUUUUACAUUUUCCAAAUGAAUGAAAGUGUAUGUUUCUUUGAACUUUUUUUCAACUAGCUUAGUAACAGUACUAUAUGAUUUCAACUAUAAUAUUAUCUGCCUAUAUUUCUAAUGCAAAUUUAGCAGUUGCAUACUUUUUAAAAGCUGCAUUGUGUGGUGGAAAAUAGUUGUGGUCAGUUUUGUUAUCCAUAUUUCAGACUCAAUUUUAGAUACAAUGGCGGCUUCAUAUUUCAUUUAUAGAGCCACUCAAGGAGUUGAAUCUCCAUGUUUUUUAUUAAUACAGUCUCCUGUCUAAGUUGAUGUAGUAAUCUCAUUAUUAUAAUCAAAAUUUGCUUUUGUUAAUAUUGUGGAAUGAAUUUCCACUGAUUGUCUUCUAUUUAAUGUCUCCUGAGAGACAUUUUGUCCAUAGAGGGUUAUAGCACACCCCAUGGGGAAGGAUUAUAUGCUUUCUUACACACUGCUGCUAAACACAAGAAGCAGUUAUAAUUAGCUUUUUUUGUUUAAAUGGGGUUAUAUUUAGAAAAAAAUUUUUAUGCAGCAACUUCAGGAGAGGGAAUAAAAUGUAAUAAUUUUUGAGCUUCUGUUUAUGUUGUUAAUAGUGGUGUGAGAAUAUUAAUGUACUUGAGAAAAACUGAUAACAUUGAUGUGUAUCAGUUUCUAUACAAUCCAUAAUCCUCCUGUACAGUUUUUAUAUGUAGUUAUGGGUCUUACUACAAUUUAUAUAAUGGAUUUGUUUUCCUUAAUGGAUUUGUUUUCCUUUAAAUUGUAAAAUAUUAAACACCUUGAAGAUUAUUUUGGACUUUUGUAUGUUUAAAUGUCAAGUCUUACCAAAAUUUGCACGAAUGGACCAUUUUCAGUUACUAUUUAAUAUCAAAAUCAGGAAUAUACAGUCAGCUGGUAGUGUUUAGUUAUUGCUACUAAAAGAUUUUUAGAUAAUUUUUAGAAGACAAAGGAAUUCCAUAGUUUGGGGGAGGGGCAACUUCUGCACUUUUUUUUUUUUUUUUUUUUUUGCACAGAAAGCCUGUCAUUCUUUUAAUAGCAAAUUUCAUACUACUUAAAUCUUGGCUUAACAGGUACUAGGUAAAAUUCUUAGUAUGUAUUUUUUAAAAGACUUUUCCAGAAUCUGCCAUUAAUUGACCUUAUUAUCCCAUGAAUUUCAUGUUUAUAUUCUUGUGUAAGGUAUUGUAUGAAAUAACUUGAGACCUAAAUUUGUUUUUAAAAUAAUUCAGCUAGGAUUAAGAUUAUUUACUAUUCCCACCAUAGGUGAUGGAUACUCUAAUGAUAUAGAACUUCAAAAAUAAAGAUGUUAUCAUUUAACCAGUUAUUUUCAUAUUUUGCUUAAUGGUACUUAAUAUAUCCUAAAAGAAUUUUUAUACUUCUCGAAGUAUAGUUUCUUCACUAGAGUGUGGUCUAGGUGUUUAUUUUCUAUUUUCCAUUCAAAUUUUACUAUAUUAACCCUGCAGUUUACUUUGUUGAUUAUUGGAACCUACUCAAGGAGGAACACAUGUCUAAAAUGACAUAUAGGAACAAAUAUUAAAAGUGACAUGCCCUCCUAUUACCUCUUAUUUAUCUUUAUCUGGAGAAAGAAAAAUCACAAAGACAUUUUAUGACAUAGUUUCAUUUUAGUUGUAAAUUAGCUGUGUCAUAGCUAAGCUUUUUGGGAGACAAAACUCAAGGCCCUGUAAUUUCAUUUAUUUUUCUGAUUCACUCAAAAUCUACUUAUGUUACUUAGUUUAAAUAAUUAGCUUACCUAGGUUUUAACUCAAAACUUCUAAAAUAAAUUGCCUAAUCUUUGAAAUAUGUUAUUUGAAAAUUCUAAGCAGUGCUUAAUUACCUUUAAAUUUCAUAAACUCUUAGUUUAAAAUUGAGUAAAGAACUGCUUUUUCUGGUCCUUCACAUAAGGGAAACUUGCCACGUGAAAUUGUAUAGUCUUUAUUUUCCAGAAGCUACAUUGAUGUGCCAUAGGUUUCUGUCUAACUUCUUUGAAAAUAGUUUUUUUAGUCAAUUGUAAAUAUUAUGCCUAUUCUAGUUAAAAGUCAUUUUAAGUUAAACUUGUACCACAUAGCUUGAAACUAUUGAGACUUUGUAAUACUUUACAAGUGGCCUCUGCUUAAAAUACCCAUAUAAACUUACUCUUAUUCUUGGCAUGCUCAUUUUGUGUGUUGAUUGCUAGCCUGAAGUUUGUUUUGGUGUUAGUUGUUUUGGUGUUAGUUUUUGUGUGCCAAUUCAUCAGGAAAGCAGAUUUUCCCCUCAGACUUUAUAAUGUUAUUCUUUGUAGGAAAAAUACAAAAAUACUUACUUUAAAAACCUGUGUUAAAGGAAUGGCCUAUCAAGAGUGCUAGAGCAUCUUUAAAAAGAAGAAAAGAUAGAAUAUUAGUUUACUGGGUGACAAGUGAUGUUUAAUUUGGGUGACGACAGUUUCUAUACUCUAAACUUCAUGAGAAGAAGGUACCAAAUCUAUAGAAACAUAAAACCUGCUGUCAUUGAGAAAGCUCUAAACCACCCUGAUAUCACAAAUACAACUUAGGACACUAUCAAAGGAUUUGACCAACAAUGUAAUUUUGGCUUGUGCUUUAGUUUUGUAAAGCAUAUUCUUUUGCUUUUGAAUUUCUGUGUCCAGAAGAGUUGGGAUGUUUUAUGCUUCUUGAACUAAUUUUAUAACAUAUUUAAUAUAUUACCAAUUGAGAUAUAAAAUCAUGUGUACAUAUUGAAUUAAAAAUCAGUUACUAAAUAAUAGACUGAGUACAAUGAUACUUGCAGGUUAUCCAUAUAUUUUAGAAGUCAUGACAGAAUAGCCAAUUUAUUUGCACAUCUAUGGCUUCUGUUUGAAGGAAAGUAAAAUGAUAAGGCAACUCGAGUAACAGAAAACAUGUUUUAUUUCCCUGAAAGUAAUAGGAAAGCUGGUGCUGAAGGUUUUUGAUCAGUUUCUAAAAUUUUGUUGUCCAUGACUUAUGUUUUGAUUGCUUAGGGAAGAAUCCUCGUUUUUAUUUGCUCUUAUACAUUUAAUCUGCGUGACAGGACAUUAAAAAUUAAUAUAAUGGAAAGUUGUGCUCAUACUGUACAUCUAUUUCUGUGCUUGAAACUACUUAUUUUUAUUGAAACUGUCAGCAAUAAGGGACACAUUACUGCUGUAUUAUAAAUUGUGGGAUUGAAUAAUUUAAACAGCUUAAAUUUAUUUCUAUUAUUGGAAGAAAUUCAUAUGGGUAGUCUAUAUUGCAUCCUGUUUAAAAGGACAGUUUUUUUUUUUUCUUUUGUAAAAUCUUCCCAUUUUCAAUGGUUUCUAAAUUACAUAAUGCAAUUUGGAGCUUGUUUCUUUAGUGAUAGACUUAAAUGUCUUAUAUAGUGCUACUGUUUUUGAAUUAAAAUGAACAAAUGUAAAAAUUGAAAUUUAAAAAUUAAGCCCAGAAAACAAAAUAGUGUAUUAAGUUGGUUGAAUGUAAAGAAAUUUACAAAGUUUUUUCUUCAAUAUAGAUACCUCACUUGAAAAUAAAGCACAGCAUACUUAAAGUAGUUCUAGUGAAAAAAAAAAUCCUACUAAAAGAAUUGCUAAAUCUUGAACAACUUUUGGGGAAUUAUAGUUUGGAAGAAAUAAAAUAUAUUUGCUUUUAACCAUCCUAUUAGAAGUAUUUAUUUAUCCUGAUAAUUUUAAGCCAACACAGUAGUCUUAAAUUAUUUCUGAAUUUCUAAUCUGUGAACGCGGUAAAUGCAAGAUCUGUUGUGCAACUAUUGACACAAAUUGUUGACUACAUUGACCAUAAUUCAAUUUAAAAUUUUGCCAAUGAUGUACAGUUUUAUGGUUAAAAUUGCUGUGGUUGGUUGCAUUACAUGACACACAAAACUGUCCUCUACCUCACGUGAAAUAAAUAUUUUAUAUGGUUUUACUAUAAAACAAGACUCAUCUAUCUGGUCAGUUAGUUUACAAAUUUUGAAUUAUAUUUAUUGAAACAUGACAUACUGUGCUCUUAGCUUAUACCUCAAUUGUAUUUUGCGCUGUUUUCCAUUUUCAUGCCUUGUAAAUAACUUGUAUAGAUUGUGGAUUAAAUUCCAAAUAAAAACUUUUAAUGCCAA